CGCUGUCGUCCUUUGUAGCUGUAGAAUACCUUCCUCCUUUCUACUGUCUGAAGUUCUGGAAACCCUGCAAUUGCCCUCUCCGUCUAGUCUCGCUCCCGCAUCACUUGCGGGUAACGAUCCAUAUCGUCAUCGAUACCAAUAUUACGUCUUCUAGUCUCCCCACUUCAACAGUAUAUAUACAUCACCUUCUCGUAAGCCCAUUUAGUCAAAGCUUCAGAACCUCAAGCAGUCUAUCACCAUGAAGCUGCUCCACCUCCUCCCCCUCGCCACGCUUGGUGCUUCUCUCGUCAUUGUCGACGAGAAAGUAUUCCAAGAGAUCGAGGUCGAGUCCCACCAGGUCAAAGACCCAGUCGCUAAGCUUGCACGCCCUUGCCACGACAAGCUCCUCGAGUGGAAGGGAGAAGCUGAAAGCAUCAUCAAGACUUCCAAGAACUACCUCGAUGAAGCCCUGGCCAGAGUAAUCGAUGUUUCUGAAACCUCAUACGACAAGAUCUACUCUACCGGAUACGAUGUCCAGGCUUGGUUGGAAGGCUCGCCAUUCGCCGAAGAAUUCGACGACGAUGAGAGUGACCAUCCCCAUCAUCCACCUCCCCACCACGGCCCUCCUCACCAUCGCAAGCCUCACCACCCUCCACAUCACCACAAGCCCAACUUGACCGUAUACGAGCUCAUUGCGAAGAGCAAGUACACUACCAAGUUGGCCAAGAUCAUCAGUGAGGAUGCAGAGUUGGUCCAGGUCCUCAAUGGCACGAAGGCCAAUUAUACAAUCUUCGCACCGACGGAUAAAGCUUUCGAGAAGAUCCCUCAUCAUGGAAAGGAGCCCUCAAAAGAGUUCAUCAAGGAUCUUCUGCUAUACCAUGUGUCCCCGGAGUUCUACCCGGCCGGCCGAGUCCUCCAUUCGUACACUAUUCCCACGCUUUACGAGCCUUCUACUCUCGGACAUCCUCAACGCCUAGUCGUCAGCACUGGCCUCGGAGGCAUCAAGAUCAACUUCUAUAGCAAGAUUGUUGCCGUCAACAUCUUUGGUACCAAUGGAGUAAUUCACGGCGUCGACAGCAUUAUCAUUCCUCCUCCAAAGGUUGUUGACAUCAUUGGCUUCUUCCCUGGCGAAUUCAGUACCCUCACACUUGGCCUCACCAAGACCGGACUUCUCGAGGCCUUGAACGAUACUAGCAAGCACACUGGUGGCAUUUUCUUUGCCCCUGGCAACUUUGCAUUCAAGAAGCUCGGCCCUAAGAUCAACGCCUUCCUGUUCAGCAAAUUCGGCACUCCUUACCUGAAGGCCCUGCUCGAAUAUCACGUCGUAGUCAACCAGACACUUUAUUCAGAUGCCUUCUUCGACGCGACCGCAGACAGCGUUGAGGUAGAGUCACCUCGCUAUGCCCACUACGACUUCCCGACUGGCUUGAAGGAUAAGUCAUUGGCCGUAGAUGUCACACGUUUCGGACCAUUCGUCACUAUCAAGAUCAACCGCUUCUCUAAGGUGGCAAUUGCCAAUGGAGUUGCUAAGGACGGUGUUAUUCACAUCGUCAGCAACGUUCUCAUCCCACCAAAGAAGACAUCCGGCUCGGCCGAGCCCAGCUUCUGGAACGGAGAGGAAUUGACGGUAGAGGAGUUCAAGGACAGGCUGGAGCCCUUCGUAAAAGACGAGACCCCAGAGCUCUAGAGCUCCAUAUCACUGUCAACCCGGAAUACUAAUGAGCUAACAUGAAAAUUUGGGCCAUUGUAUAAUUAGUAUAUAGCAAGCAGCAACAACAAUAAGUAAAGUCGUUCGCUCACGAGAUACAAAUUGCAUUGAAAGCGUGAGCUGGGUGCCUUGGCUUAGCUUCCAUGUUUGCAUAUGAUGUGAAUGCGGUGACAGCAUGAGGGACUGGUGCGUUUCACACCCAGUUGACACUGUUUGAAGAGCUUUAGCACAUUUCCUAAAUCCACAAGAUAUGUACAAUUCAUGACAAUGCGAUUUAUACCAGUGUAUUUUAG